ACUUUCCGUUCACAGGCACAGCCGAGAGCACGUCGGUUCAUCAGUCGCCUCAGACGGCAGUCUCUCCUCGCACACACACUCGCACGCGCGCGUGGCCUACACGUUAAAACACGUAUUUCGUGCAAAUCACAAUAACAUAAUAAUAUUGUCGUUAUUAUUCAACUGUCGAUAGUGUUUUUCAUAAACACCGGCGUCCACACGUUUCGUUUUCAACUCGGUCGUCGGUUAGGUUGCAACAGAGCGACGCGGCCGAUUCCACACACCCCCGUUGUUCCUCGCUGUCAGUCGUUGUCGUCGUCCCUCACGUUCCGCCGGUAUUAUUUGCCCACCGCCGAACUUUGUGACGAAUAAACACCACCAAACACAUUAAAUUCACACGGAAUACUACGAACGCGCGUCGCAAUGGUCCGCCUUAUGAUGCACCCGGAACCGUCCAACUACUCGUACGUGUUCGACUUCGAGGAGAACUUCCACUACGAAUGGACGCGGCAGUGGAUGACCGAGAACUGGACCAACGGGUUCUACUACUGCACCAUCUACGCCAUGCUGGUGUUCGGGCUCCGGCGUAUGAUGCGCGACCGGGCCGGUUUCCGGCUCAAGGGACUGCUGGUGCUGUGGAACGUGAUGCUGGCAACGUUCAGCCUGGUCGGCUUCGCCCGAACGGCGCCCGAGCUGUUCCGGGUCCUCAACAAAUACGGACUGCACCACUCGGUGUGCGUCACCAGCUACGUUGAGGAUGACCCUGUGUCUGGGUUCUGGUCGUGGCUGUUCGUGCUGUCCAAGCUGCCCGAACUCGGUGACACGAUAUUCAUCGUACUCCGCAAGCAGCCGCUCAUCUUCCUGCACUGGUAUCAUCACAUCACCGUGCUGCUGUACACGUGGUUCUCGUACAUGGAGUUCACGUCGUCGGCCCGGUGGUUCAUCGUCAUGAACUACUCGGUACACUCGAUGAUGUACACGUAUUACGCGGCGCGGGCCAUGGGCUACCGGCCUCCCAAGCAAGUGUCCAUGUUCAUCACGGCCAGUCAGCUAACGCAGAUGCUGGUCGGCUGCUUCAUCAACUACACCACGUACGGUUACCUGAAGUCCGGCGGCCCGCACUCGUGCCGUGUGUCCAAGCUCAACAUCACCCUGUCGUCGGCCAUGUACUUCAGUUACUUGCUGCUGUUCGCCCGGUUCUUUUACAACGCGUACCUCAACAAGGGCCGUGUCAGCGCGUCCAAGAAAUCGUCCAAGCAACAUUGAUCCCGGACGACGGUGGUUACGUCUUCUUCUGCGGCGGCUCCGGCUGCGGCGGCUACGGUGGCUGCUGCUGAUGCAAACACCGCCGCUGUCGCCGCCGCCGUGAUGCGCCGCUGCAGUGUGAUGUGCCGUCGCAGCUGGCCAUUGAUUUUCAAACACGUGCACUGAUAUUAUUAAAUACUAUUAUUUACGAGAUUAAUACGUUGCGAUAGAAGAUCAUUAUUAUUAUUAUUUAUUAUUAUUACCAACGAGACGAACAUGUGCUAAUUUUAUUUUGAUACAUUUUCUUGCUCGAUUUCUAUAUUUUUUUCAUCCUGUUUUCUUUUUUUUUCUUUCUGUUUAUUGUUUUGUAGGAAAACCGUUCGUUUUUUAGACAAUAAAUAUAUAUUUUUUUUGUAUUUUCUACUUAGUUUGUACUUUACUUCCGCAGUUCCGCGAAGAAAAGUCUCGAGUCGCUGAUCGAUUAUAACGGCGGUGUAAGUUGUUUUAUAGGCAUUUUUGUUUGAAGUGCGUGUGCCUACAUAAUAGGCCAACUUAGCCUAAUAAAAAGAAAAUAUUAUUUUCUAAGAACUUACUUUUUUCUUUAGUUUAUUUUGUUAUUUUGUUCCUUCCUCUUGUACAUUUAUUACAGGAUUCUCAGAUCCAAUAGCUGGGCAUCUUCACUCAACCAUGUAACAGGAAUUCCGGAUAAGGAGGCCAAGGUCGCCAUUUCCCCCCUGUUUCAAGUAUUGAGAUAUUUUUAGGAUCCUCAAAUUUUGCACCAUAUACAUAUAAUAUAAAUAUAUAAUAUUGUGCGUUUUAGCUAUAAUAAUUUUACACUAAUAGUUAAUAAAUAAAUAAAAAUAUUGUGCGUACAAAAAA